AUGGAAUGUGCACGGCAUACGGUCAAAACAGAAGGGAAUCGGAGGACUGGCGGAAAAAUUAUUUUCGUGCGUGAUAAUAUUGGGUAUUUAUUCUACAUUCCUGUCUACGAGUUCAUAUUACGAGUUAUGAGGCGUCAAAAUGUCAACGAUACAUGUUCUCAGCUGUUUGCUGGCGGAUGUGCUGGUGUUUCCGGAUGGCUCUCUGUUUGUCCACUGGAAGUGGUCAAAAAUUGCGUUCAAGCUGACAACACCGGACGUAUAAUG